UCACAUGUUUCUUUGUAAGGACUUCUUUUGGGUAAUGUAUAUAUCCAAUCCAAAUGUAGGUGGGCGAACAAAUCAAACUCUGGAAAGAGAGUUAUAAACAGUCCAAGAAAUUAGGUCACUUGCACUCAUGCAGCUUGUGUGCUAUCUAUAUAUGAUGAAUGCAUCUUACCUAUCUGUUAAAAAAUCUGGAAAAGUGGUUUGGAAGAACUAACGAGUUAGAGAAGAGUCCAAGAAAUCAGAUUACUCAUGCAGCUUGCAUGCUCUGCUAUCUAAAUAUGAUGCAAGAAGCAUUAUACAUUAUCAACUAAACUCUGGAAAUUGGUUGGAAGAAACUGACAAUUUAGAAAACAGUCCAAGAGAUUAUUAGGUUACUCAUGCAGCCUGCAUGUUCUUCUGCUAUCUAUAUAUUGAUGAAUUAUGCAUUACAAUUUACAACCUCAUCCACACACCACACUACUGUAAUCAAAGUCAGAAUCCAGAAAACCCCAAUUCCACCCAAAACCAUGGCCUCAUCAACCUUCUCUUCCUUUUGAUUACUAGUAGUCUAGUACUGUUGUGAUCUCCUUGAAUUCACUCCUCACAGAUUCCAAAAUUGACCACUACCUAAUUUUCAUGGACACCGCGACAAUGCCCAAGCCGUUCGCUGACAGUCACCAGUGGUACUUGGCCACUGUGUCCUCCAUUUCAUCCACGGCAAGGCUCGUCUACAGCUACUCCCACGUGAUCGAUGGGUUUAGCGCUGCAAUGACACCUUUGGAGCUCUCCUAUGUGCAAAGGUCUCCGGGGUAUCUUUACUCCAUGAAGCUGAGGAACGGGCCGAUCGAGUACGCCACCACCCACUCCCCGGAGUUCUUGGGGCUCACGGGUUGCUCCGGAGCUUGGGAGGUGUCCAACUAUGGCGAAGGAAUGAUCAUUGGGUUGGUGGACACGGGCAUCUGGCCGGAGAGUCCAAGCUUCAGCGACCACGGGAUGAACCCCCUGCCUGCUGCACGAUGGAAAGGAGAGUGCGGAUUCUCCAACCGUUCCUUGUGCAACAACAAGUUGGUCGGAGCUCAGGUGUUCGACAAAGCUGGAAGCGUUUUCAAUAUCAGUACCACAAAGGGUAAGGUGAUCUCCCCCCGCGACAACAACCCGGAGGGACACGGGACCAAAACCUCCAGCAUAGCAGCGGGAAACUUCGUGGAUGGGGCAUCCUACCACGGGUACGCACCUGGAACCGCAAGGGGAGUGGCUCCCAAAGCCCAUGUAGCAAUGUACGUAGCCGUGGAGGAUUCAGAUUUCAUUGCGGCAAUUGAUCGAGCAGUUGGCGACGGCGUGGAUGUUUUAUCCAUCUCUAUGGGAAUGGAUCAACCCCCGCUCUACGAGGACCCAAUUGCCUUGUCAACAUUCGCUGCCGCCGUUGAGAAGAACGUCUUCGUCGCCCUUGCCGCCGGGAACAACGGCCCGUCGCACCAGACCCUUAGCAACGGGAUACCAUGGGUGCUGACCGUCGCUGCGGGGACAAUUGAUCGUCAAUUCCAGGCCGUCGUCGAGCUCGGCAAUGGAGUCUCAGUUAUUGGGUCAUCUUUAUACAGGGGGCGCGAGCUCUCCUCAGUCAUCCAAGCUCCCAUUAUCUUCCUGGGGGAUUGCCUAAACAUCGCAGAAAUCCGCAACAAAUCCAAGGGGAAAAUUGUGGUGUGUCAGGAGGAGGAGAAGAAGAACUUCACAGAGCAUAAACAAUUUGACAACGUCCUAUUCUCCGGCGCAACUGGAAGCCUUUUCAUAAUCAACCGCACGAUCACUGACCGGGAAUUCGCCCCAACUUAUGAGCAUCCGUACCCGGGGGUUUUCAUAGCGUUGGAAGAUGGGGAGAUCAUCAAACGUUACCUCAACAGUAGUAACGCCGAGCCCAAAACAGCAAGCUUGAGGUUUGGAAUCACCAAGCUGAACACAAAGCCUGCAGCAGGAGUGGCAGCUUUCAGCUCCAGAGAUCCAUCCGUCCGCUGUCCGUAUGUGCUGAAGCCGGACAUCAUGGGUCCGGGCUCGAUGAUCCUAGGAGCUACUCCAUUCGGCCCCGAGUUUCCUCAGCAGUUCGAAAUAGAUUAUGGAGCAUCCUUCUCUUGCCCACAUUUAGCUGGAGUGGCGGCGAUCAUAAAAAGGGCUCACCCAGAUUGGAGCACGGCCGCUGUCCGAUCAGCGAUGAUGACCACCGCAGAUGCUUUGGAUAAUACUGGCCAACCAAUCAGGGACUUGGCGAACUGGAGCGAUUCCCCAGCUACGGGUUUGGAAAUGGGUGCGGGUCAGGUUAACCCGACCAAAGCCUUGGACCCGGGGCUAGUCUAUGACCUCAACACCUCCGAUUAUGCGAGCUUGCUUUGUGCUCUCAACUUCACCGGCAAACAAAUCAAAGCACUCACGCGGCGGUCGUCUUCUGCCACCAACUGCUCCAACCCAUCGCUGGACUUGAAUUUGUUAGAAACAAAGUUUCUAACGGGAUUCGUAUUGGGUGAGAUUUGGGAAUUUAGGGAUUGAGAAGAUAGAAUUAGGGAUUUGGGAAAGAAUUGGGGAAGAACAGAAGAGAAUCGGCCUAGGCCUUUAGAGGGAUUGAGAUCGAGAAUUGAGAAGAUAGGGAGAUUAGGGUUUAGGAGAUUCUUUGAUAAUUCUUUCUUGACUGCCUACUAAUGAAUCACAAGUACAUAUUUAUAGGGAGUACUAGGAAACCCUAAUAAUAAUCCUAACUUGACUAAAAUACUACUAACCAUAUUUAAUAAAACCUAAUAAUAAUGAUAAUGAUAAUGAUGACAUAGAAACCCGUUUUCGUUAGAAAACGUGUUUCUAACAGAAUUACCCUUCUUUUAUCGCGUUUUUUGACAGGAACUACUCAACAAGCAGCAGCAGCAGCAGCUGUCCUCCUGAUCAUCAGAUUGUGCGGUUUCACAGGACAUUGACGAAUGUCGGUGAGGGUACGGCAUGCUACAGAGCAGUUUUCACGCCAUUGAAAGGGUUCUCAAUCAGUGUGCUACCAGCGGAAUUGGAGUUCAAAGAACAAGGGGACAAGCUCAGCUACGAUCUUCUCAUAGAAAGAGUUGAUCCUGUGAGGGAGAACGAAACCUUCUUAGCUUCUGGCUACAUCAAGUGGACUGAAUUCGAUGGAGGCAAUCAUGUGGUGCAAAGCCCCAUUGUCGCCACAAACAUCAACUUCAAUAACUCUCAUGUCUAAUUGAGCUAAAUCAUGUCUCUCUGUUAUCAUUAGCCACAUCAACUUCUUAUGUCUAAUUGAGCUAAAUCAUGUAUCUCUGUUAUCAUUAGCCCAUAGCCAUAGGGCGUAUCAUCAUGUAAUGUUUCUUCUGCCAAACCAAGGAGAAGGAAAAGGAAGUUCAAGAGAACCGCUGAAACAAAGUGUGUGGAUCGAAUAAUAACUGGGUUUGAAUUUAUUUCAAUCUCCAUUUUCUGGGUUUGUCUUGUGUGUUUGACUAGUUCUUGCUCUGUUCCUUGUCUCUAGAUUGCAGGGAAGUCUUGAUCGAAAAUUGGUGUUUAGUAAGUGCAUUUCCAUAGUCAAAAGUUGGGUCGGAUUUUAUUUCUAGAAUUGGGCUGUUGGGAUAAAUAUUUGGGCCGAAAGUUUGAGUGUGAAAUUUCUAGUUCUGUUGGUGUAAUUUGCUGCUGGGCUUGACAAGCCUAUCCGCUUAAUGUAAGGGCUUAAUAAAUAGUUGGUUGGGUUAAAGUCUACCAAUGUACACCCUAGCAACAUUAGCUUGCAUUCAUUUUUUUGGUGAAAGGGUGCAAGACACCGCAACCUCUUAUUCAAUUAUCGAAUGAACGGUAAAAUCGUCAACAGAGUAAAAAAGGGCCCAACGGCUUACAUCUAAAUCGGAAAGAGCAAUAGGAUGGUAGCCUGGAGACAACGAGUGUCCCUUAUGAGCUAGGCAAUCGGCCAAAAAGUUGGCCUCUCUAUAAAUGUGUGUGAUCUGGACUUCCCACUCCCGGCGCAGCAGAGACUGAAACACCAAGGUGAGGCUUGCGUGCUGGUGACUAUGGCUUCCGGUGUACUGGAGAAGCGCGAUAGCCGUCUUGGAGUCUAGUUGCAACUCCACCCGGCGGUAUCAUGCAUUUUAGUUUUGUUAAUUUUGAAGAGACAACUACUAUUUUAGGAUCCCCUAAUAAAGUCUCGCAUUCGAA